AUGUCCAGCUGGAACCGCGUCAUCGUGGAGAAGCCCUUUGGCCGGGACCUGGCGAGCUCGGACGCGCUCUCGGCCCAUCUCGGUGGCCUCUUCCAUGAGGAGCAGAUCUACCGCAUCGACCACUACCUGGGCAAGGAGAUGGUGCAGAACCUCAUGGUGCUCCGCUUCGGGAACAGGAUCUUCGGCCCCAUCUGGAACCGGGACAACGUGGCCUGUGUGGUCGUCACCUUCAAGGAGCCCUUUGGCACCGAGGGACGUGGUGGCUACUUCGAUGACUUCGGCAUCAUCCGGGACGUGAUGCAGAACCACCUCCUGCAGAUGCUCUGCUUGGUGGCCAUGGAGAAACCGGCCUCCACCAACCCCGAUGACGUGCGGGAUGAGAAGGUGAAGGUGCUCAAGUGCAUCAGCCCGGUGGCGCCGGAGGACGUGGUCCUUGGCCAAUACGUGGGGAACCCCGAGGGGGCACGAUGA